CAACUUGAGGCUAUGGUUUCAUAGCACAUAGACCUAUGUAAAUAACAGUGGCAUUGUGCUGGACAUAUGGGUGAAGGUACAUCGUCUGAUCAUCUUGCCACCAAUUCAUUUCUCCCAUCACACUUAGGCAAGCUACCUUAUUGUUGUGUGAAUAGCUAAUGACAGUCUAGCUACAGCCAUAAAAUACAGAGACCAUCUUGUCAACCUUACAGGGAGGAAGUACAUGUAAACAGAAGCUAUAAGGGGAGCUGGAUGUGGUAUCAGGCUCCUCAGCAGACAAACCUUUGAUUUAUGAUUACCCAGUAGGAUGUGACAUCCAUGUACAAGGACAAAGUCAGGGAAAUUAAAUCAGCAAAUCUUGUCAGCAUAGCUCAGCAAAGCAUGCAAGCGUGUAUACACAUAUAUUCAUGCUGUGUGGUUUUAACACAGUUAGUUUCCAUGACUGUACAGUAAGUCAGGGAUUAUUGUAAUUACCAGGUAGUGUCAGUGUUGACAGCUAUGGACAUAUCAUUGCUGGUACUUUCACAGCUGUUCCUGUAAUAAUUCAUAUUUCAUGUCUAUCACCUGUGAACUCCAUACCUUUCUGGAUUUAUAGAUGCUGUAUGGCAGAUGAAUGAGAAUAUAGACGGACUGUAAACUGUAUCCAUUUACAGAUAUUUACAUUUCCUUGGAAAUUCUAGAGUGAUAGAUUUUAUAUAGAUUCAACAUUAAGUGAAGCGACCAUAUUAAUGGAAAGUUGUGAUCAGUCAGAAAGCUUCAUCUGAUGUAAUAACAUUACGGCAUACCAACGACAAGCAUCCUGGUGACCUGCAGGUGUCCUUCUGGUGUGUAAUGGACAUCAAAAAUAUUGAUAAAAGAAGGAGUUGUUUGAUUUGACGACUGAACCGUUGCGGUUGGUGUAAGAACAGCUCCCAUCGCAUGCAUAUGUGGAAUGAGUAUUGACUGGAGGGAUCAGUGACUAGAACAGCAUUAAGCUGCAGUAACAGGCAACUCAGCAAGCAAGGUCUAAGCACAUGUUGCUUUAAUGUGUCAAUUAGGCGGAGCAUUUGAGGCUAUCACUUUGUGAGGAUUAAUGAGGGAUUUAUUGCAGUAGGAUCACUAUAGGACCUGUAUCGUGUUGUGGUGUACACAUGACAGUUAUAUAUACAUUCUUCAGUUAUAGGUCUUGGAUUGUAAAUGUCACUAUCAGCUAAAUAUCCAGCUGAGAAUGCUUAGAUGGGUCACAGAUAUUGAUAUUGUGUGAAAUUCAUUGUACUGCGGAUAUAUAUUUUAAAAAAUAUUUUUUAACAAUUUCUAUUAGUUAGAUUUUACAAUGGGUAAUAAAUUGCGAAAGUUUAGUUUGGUUGGUGGGGAAAAGGACAAUGAGCUUCAAGAGCAGACAGGGAAAUACUGUGCAGUGCAGCAGGAAGGAGAGACUGUCCAGCCUCCUGUACAGUCAAGUACACCAGGUGUGCAGGCUAAACAGUUAAAUGACCAAACAAAAAGUAACAAUGCUGCUCUGGAAGCAGCAACUAAACAGGCUGAAACAAAGCCAGAAAAUAUAACAGAGGAGGUAGAUAAGGAGGGUGGUGAUGCCGGCUCCAGAUCCUUAGAAACUUCUCCCCAACAAGGGCAGCAACCUGCAGAGAAAGCAAUAAGUAAAGCUGAAGAUGGGGAGGUAACAGGGAUAGCUUUGGAGGAGAAUCAAAAGGAGGAUGGAACUGGAAUAUCUGUCACUAAUGAGAUAGAAAAAGUGGAAGUGACUGGAAAUGUUUUGCAAGGUUCAGAAAAGAGAGAAGAAGUUGGAAUGUCAGUAGGAAAUUAUCCUAACACAUCAGUAGAAAAUGACCAAAAUGCUCAAAGUGGAGGUACAGAAGAUGUUAAUCAGGAACAGAAGACAAAGAGUAAGUCGGCGACGCCCCCAAGUGAUGAGAGAGACGAGGAGAUAUCCCCAAACCCUAUGAUGACAAAACGAACAAGGAGAGGCGCUUUCAGCGCCGAGGUCUAUAAGGAGGAAGAUGCUGCUCAGUAUGUCAAAAAAGUGGUACCGAAGGAUUACAAGACCAUGGCAGCAUUAUCCAAGGCAAUAGCUAGAAACGUGCUCUUUUCUCAUCUAGACGAUAAUGAACGAAGUGAUAUUUUUGAUGCCAUGUUUCCAGUCCAUCGGCAUUCUGGGGAAAUUAUUAUUCAACAAGGUGACGAUGGUGAUAACUUCUAUGUGAUAGACCAGGGAGAAGUUGAUAUUUUUGUUAACAAUGAACAUGUAACUACAAUAGGAGAAGGAGGAAGUUUCGGGGAGUUGGCACUGAUAUAUGGUACACCCAGAGCUGCCACAGUGAAGGUAAGGACGGAAGACCAACUGGCUGAAGGUCAACAGGCCAAGGGAGAUGUGAAACUUUGGGGAAUUGACCGAGACAGUUAUAGAAGAAUUCUUAUGGGAAGCACAAUAAGGAAGAGGAAGAUGUAUGAUGAAUUUCUCAGCAAAGUCUCUAUUUUAGAAAAUCUAGACAAAUGGGAGCGCCUGACGGUAGCAGACUCACUGGAGCCCGUGGAGUUCGAGGAUGGCCAGGAAAUAGUGAGACAGGGAGAACCUGGUGAAGACUUCUUCAUCAUCACAGAGGGCCAAGCAGCUGUACUUCAGCGGAGAGCGGAGAAUGAGGAGGCGGUAGAAGUUGGCAGGCUGGCACAGUCAGACUAUUUCGGUGAGAUUGCUUUGCUGCUGGAUCGACCUCGCGCAGCCACUGUGGUGGCGCGAGGUAAGCUUAAGUGUGUCAAGCUUGACCGCACUCGAUUUGAGCGUGUACUAGGGCCAUGUUCAGACCUCCUCAAGCGAAAUGUGUCGCAAUACAACAGUUUUGUGUCAUUGUCUGUGUGAACUAGCCAAAUAUAUGUGUGUUCUGACAUCAACAAAAACCUAAUCAGAAUUGAAAAUACCAGAUUGGACUGUGG